AUGUGGAAGAAAUGGAUAGACAACAAGAGUUUAGGUGGGCAGGAGCGUCUGAGUACAAUAAUGCAGUGUCUACUACUGCGGCGCACCAAGCAACAACUGGUCCAGCGCGGACAGCUCGCCUGUCUGCCGCAGCGGACCGCGCAUACCAGGACUGUCACACUCAAACCGCAGGAGAUGAAUGUCUAUCAGAAGGUGCUAGUGUUCUCUAAGACACUAUUCGCUCAGUUCCUACACCAGCGCGCUGAGAAGAACUCGGACGCGCAAGGAUUUACCUCGGCCGGGAACAGCGCGUACCACAAGAUGCAUAAGAAAAUGAUCGCCCUACAAGGAGCGAAACCAGUAAAGUCUCACGAGAUCUUGGUCCUCCUACUGCGCCUGCGCCAAGUAUGUUGUCACUGCGGCCUCAUCGCCGCCAUGUUGGACGAGGACAGCACCGCCGACGUACAGGAGGACCCCGCCGGACAGGAUCUAUUGGCUGAGCUCAAUAAACUGUCUAUUGAAGAUUCCAGUUCUAGGAGAAAGAGUAAAAAAUCCGACGACGAAGAUGAAGAAGGCCCCCCACAAGAAGGUACUACAGCGGCGGAAGCAAUCCGUUCAGUACUAUCUCCCAACAACCCGGUGUUUGAACUCAGCAACCCUUCCUCCAAGAUCAAAGCCGUCAUGGACUGUCUCAACAAUGAAGUCUUCGUUCAUAAAGGUCACAAAGCAGUGGUAGUAUCCCAGUGGACGUCAGUGCUCCGCCUCGUGGAGGCCCAGCUGGCCGCCGCCCGCGUGCGCUGCGUCACGCUCAGCGGCGCCGUGCCCGUCCCCGCGCGGACACCGCUACUCACUGCCAUCAAUGAUCCUAACUCCGACGUCAAGGUAAUGUUACUCUCACUCUGCGCUGGUGGCGUGGGUUUGAACCUGUGUGGAGCGAACCACUUGUUACUACUGGACCCACACUGGAACCCACAGCUCGAAGAACAGGCGCAGGACCGCAUCUACAGGGUCGGACAGACCAGGGACGUUAAUAUUUAUAGAUUCAUGUGCGUGGAUACGGUGGAGCAAUCAAUCAGAAAGCUGCAGCAAGCCAAACUGGAGUUGGCAGAGAAUGUGCUAACGGGCGCCAAGAAUACCAACAACUCGAAACUUACCAUUGAAGACCUCAAAAUGCUGUUUAACAUGGGCCAAUGA